UCAGGGGCGACAAUGAGGGAACGUGUCAUCUGUGUAUUUAUUCUCUUUAAUAUAAACACUUUAACAGUCUGUUCACAGAGAAAAAUUACCGAAGAUGACAUAAAAUUAUACAGAGAGAAAGUAGUGUCUAUGUUUCAUCAUGCUUAUGACGGAUACAUAAAAUAUGCUUAUCCAUAUGAUGAGUUGCGUCCUCUCACAUGUGAUGGCCAUGACACUUGGGGGAGCUAUUCACUAACCCUGAUAGAUGCAUUAGACACAUUAGCUAUAAUGGGGAACUACACAGAAUUCCGACGAGUGGCUGAAUUGGUCAUAGAUAAAAUGAAUUUUGAUCUUGACAUAAAUGCAUCAGUUUUUGAAACCAAUAUCAGAAUUUUAGGGGGUCUGUUAUCUGCCCAUCUGUUCACAAAGAGGGCGGGCAUGGAGGUAGAGCCAGGCUGGCCCUGUACUGGCCCACUAUUACGGCUUGCGGAGGACGUGGCCAGGCGGCUACUUCCAGCAUUUGACACACCAACGGGCAUGCCUUAUGGUACAGUUAAUCUUCGACAUGGCGUACCCAAGGGAGAGACAACUGUUACAUGUACAGCAGGAGUGGGUACCUUUCUGAUUGAGUUUGGGACGUUAAGUCGAUUAAUUGGAGACCCUGUGUUUGAAAAAGUGGCAGUAAGAGCAUUGCGAGCUCUGUGGAAUGCAAAAUCUUCUCUAGACUUGGUUGGCAAUCAUAUUGACGUAGCAACAGGUAAAUGGACAGCCCUGGACUCUGGAAUUGGAGGUGGAAUUGAUUCCUACUUUGAGUACCUUGUGAAGGGAGCCAUUAUGUUUGAUAUCCCAGAGCUACUGGAACAUUUCAGAGUUUAUGAAAAAGCCAUUGUGAAGCAUGUGAAGAGAGAAGACUGGUAUAUGUGGGCACACAUGUCCAAAGGAGGGAUAACUCUUCCAAUGUUUACCUCAUUAGAUGCAUAUUGGCCAGGAAUUCAGAGCUUAUUAGGUGAUGUAGAUAGUGCUAUGAAGACUAUCCACAACUUCCAUCAAGUCUGGAGACAGUUUGGUUUUUUACCUGAAUACUACAACAUCCCUAAGAGUGAGGCCCACACAGGGAGGGAGGGGUAUCCACUUAGGCCAGAACUGAUAGAAAGUGCUGUAUAUCUCUACCAAGCCACCAAAGAUCCCUUCUUACUUGAGAUAGGGAUUGACAUGUUGGAAGCCAUUGAACACAGCACAAAGACAAAAUGUGGAUAUGCAACUGUUAAAAAUGUAAACACACACCAGCUAGACAAUAGAAUGGAGAGUUUUUUCCUAGCAGAGACAACAAAAUACCUGUAUUUGUUGUUUGAUCCUGACAACUUUAUUCACAACAAUGGCAGCAGAGGAACAGUUAUUCAGACACCAAAUGGAGAAUGUGUGAUAGACGCAGGUGGAUAUUUUUUCACCUCAGAAGCUCACCCUAUUGAUGCAGCCUCGGUUUAUUGCUGUAGUACCCAGAAGAAACAAGACGAUGCAGUGCUGCAGAAAAUGCAUGAUAACCUGAACCUGCUCUCACUGUUCAACAUUGAAGAUGAGGAAACAAGGUUCCGAGGACAAAAACUGAAAUCCUUUACACAAGAUUUACAUGGUGACAAACUUGGAGAAUUAAAUUAUGAAUUGCCCUCUGAUGGCUUGUCUUCAGAAAAUGGAUUUCAGAACUCUGUGAUUGAAAUAUUGUCUAAUUACCUGAAAACAUCAGAUAAUGCGGAUAACACUUUAUUGAAGUUGGGGGCUAGUUUAGAGUUGCUCAAAUCACAAAUUUCCACAUUAGAAUCAACAAAAUCCAAGGACACAGAAAACUUUAUGAGUGAUGUGGAAGUGGAAGUCGAUUUGAGAAAAACCACAAAUGGUGAGAACGUUGAAGGAAGCGUGGGAUCAAAGGAUUCCAUGAAAAGUGAGCCAGUAUCAAACACAGAGCAGCAGAAAGGGGAUAGACAAUUUAAACCAGAGCCACCUAUCCCCACAUCAAAUGUGGUGCCGGACAAAGCAGAAGCACCACCCAGUGGACCUAAAGAAGAGAUUGUGAAGGGAUUGGGGGGUGGAACUGAUUUAUCCACGGAUGGUGAUUCAUUGGAGAAAGACAAAACUGUUGAACAUCAUGAAAGCAUUACAAAUGACAGCAAAAGAAUUCAAAGUGAAAGUGAAAACAGGAAUAUGCAACAAGCAGAAGCCCCUAAGACUGUUGUUCUGAGUGUAAAAACUGAUAGUACUGGACAAGCCAGUGUGCAGACUAGUGACAACGUGCAGUCUAAUGCUAAGCAUGUGCAUCAUAUUAAUAACUUCAAAACAGUAAAAAAGAAUAAUUUAUUUAACUUAAAAAGUUUAUAUAAUAUAUUAGGAACUGGACAGCAAAAGGAAACUGUUCCUAAUCCAAAUAUAUACCAUUUAUAUCAAACAAUUAAUCAUUACCCAUUACAAUACUUACAGAAACCAGAAUUAAUGGUCUGUAAAGCUCAGCCAUUCCAUAUGCGAUUAUCAGUUAGAGGUGAAAUGUUUACUAACAAAGAUACCGAAUAAAUCAUUUAUUUAUUA